AUGAAUUUUAAUGUCUGGAAUAUCAAAGAUAUGCUCAGUAUUCCCUCAGCUUCUGGGACCACAAAGUCAUCGAGCUGGGCUAAUAAUCAGAGUGAUUAUUCCAGUCUCAGUGACUCUCAGUUCCUCUUUGGAUCCCAGUUCUGUCCAGAAAGUUCAGAGACCCUGUCAGCACCCUUGGACGUUGGUGUCCAUUUGAGAGAUCCAAAACCGUUACAAAAGGGUUCUCUGGAUAAUGAACCUAGUAUUUUCACAAAGUACCAGACAAAACCCCAGCUAUUUGAAGAAGAUAUAAAUGAUGGAGGCUUAUUUCCUCUCCCUUUGUCAGUUGGAAAAUCAAAAGGCCUUUUGGAACAGUUUGAGGAGAAAAAGAAAAUAGCAAAAGAUAAAUGUGACAGUGAGGCUCUGCACGGCUUCAUCUCCCAUGUCCGAGAGAGCAUCCACAAGUUGCAGACAUCCGUGGAAAAGUCUGAGGAACAUCUCAAUUCAAGAAGCCAAUCUAUUUUGGAUUCUUUGGAGACCGUGGCCAAGACCUUGCAAGACACCGCGCGGGCGCAGAGGGAGCUGGUGCUGGAGGCAGUGCAGGACCGAGGCAGCCUGGAGCGGGCCAUGCUGGAGCUGCAGCAGAAGUGUGAGGCUCGACAAGCGGAGAUCGUGGAAAUGAAGUCCGGCCUGAAGCUCCUAGAAGCCGCCGCUGCCCAGCAGAGCCAGGACGUGCAGCAGCUGUGUGAGCGGCUGGGCCGGCUCGACGUGCCCGGCGCCCUGGCCGAGUUGAAGAGCUUCAUCUCGGGGCCUCGGGGCCCCACGCACGUGAGAGACAGCACCUCCCAGACCUCACCCCGGGGGCCCCGGAGCCCCGCCCCGCAGGCCCAGCAGGCCUCGGGGGAGCCGGCUGCGGGGCGGGGCCGGAGGAUGGGCGAGGUGUGGGGUGAGGGAGCCAAGCGGGCAGCUCUCCCGGAAGAGGCAGGCGGAGAAGGGAAGAGAAGCAGGGGCGUCCGGGACAAGGCCACGCAGACUAACUCCAAGAGUCAGCCCAUUCCCAAGACCAGCUCGGAGAACUGUGGCGCCAGCACCCCGGGCCGCCCGGCCACAGGCGCCAGGAACCUGGCUGCUCCCGGGGCCUCGAGGCUUAUGUCCCUGGAUGUGAACAACUUUGGCACCAGCCCCAAACGGCCGGCCAAAGCUGUGUGCUCCGGUGACCCUGGGGAGCGGGGCCCGGGGCCGGGGGAGCCCAGGCCAGGAGGCCAGCCUCCACCCACGAGACCCCGCAGAGGCAGGCCCCCCGGCCGGAGGCAGGCACAGCCCCAGAGCAGAGCCUGUGCGUUCCGUCCUCCGUGCCCCCCACCCCCCGGGCCCAGGGCACAGAGCUCCCUCCCGGAGCAGCAGGAGGCCCAUGCCCAGCCCCCACGCCGGGGGUGCCUGGGCCGGAACCCCCCCCAGCCCGCCCCGGGGGGAGCGCUCAGACCCAGGCCCGCGCAGGCAGCGCGGGCCCCCCGGCCGCUCGGAGGGCACUCCUCCCAGGACAGCGCCCAGGGGGACCCCCGCAUGCGCUGGUUCAGCGACCUCACCCGGGAGAGCGGCCGGGCUGCCCAGGCCACACCGGGGAGCUCUGUGCUCUACCGCCUGGGCUUCGACAGCAGCGACGACAGCUGCUGA